UUAACGAAUACUCGACGGACGCUAUAGCAGCACUUUAAAAGAGAGAAAGUGAGAUUGUGUACAUGUCUCUCGUCGAUUGUGUUAAGAUUUGAACAAGAAAUAAAUAUGAGUCGACAUCGAAGACAUGCUGAGGACUUUACAAAUUCUCUACAUAGUUUCCGAUAUACUACUAGCUCUGACACUUUAGAUUCUAUAUCCCAAGACAGUUUGGAUCGACUAAAAUCAUGUAACUUUCCUUCCAAUGGACCUACACGCACUAAUAAAAAUUCCACUAUCUUAGCUGGCAGUUCCACAAAAGAUUCUCUAAUGCUGGAUACCUCUAUUUCAUUUGUUACAUCUGUUGAAACUGCUCCAGAUUUAAAUAAACGGAUUAAUCUAUUUCAAAGUGAGAAUUUAAAAGGUGAAUCUGUACAUAAUGUUGCAUUUACACAUUUGAAAGAUGAUAAUAAAGAAAAUAAUGAUCCUCAAUGUGCAAUAAACAGAAAUAUAAUAUCGAAAGAUAUAAAUGUAUUAGCAUCAACUUCAUCUGGAAAAGAGAACAGAGAUACAAAUUAUAAUAUCCAUUGCAAUAAAUCUAACACAGUUCCUAUAUCAGAGCAAAUUGUACUUAAGUCAUGGCCAAUUCUACCAAAUUGUACAAAUGAAGACUUACUUAUAUCUGAUAGCUGUGAACAUGAACAAAAUACUACUGAAAUAAACAAAUUUGAAACAAUACUCUGUUCUUUAGAUAAUCGGCUUAAUCGAAUAAAAGAAGAUUCACAAACACAACCAAUUUUAAAACGUCUGUCUGAGAAGUUUGCACAUUCGCCCAAAAAUUUCACUGAGAAGUUAGUGACUAUUAUUGAAGAGUCAGUUAUAAAUAAUGAUGACAAUACAUGUAACACAUCUGCAAUAAAUUUAAGCAGAUUAACAACAGAAUUUCGAAAAAUGUGUAAAUUCAUAGAGGAUGAAUCCUGGCCUGAGUGGCCUUCAUCUCUUUUAUCUACACCUCCAAGUUCAGAACAGAUUCUUACAAAUUCUCUUUCUAAUCAAAUUGUCCAUACCAAUGAUUACAAAAGAGACAAAUUAUUAACUACACCUCCAACUACAGCAUCGUUACCUGCGACACCACUGUCUGCCACAGACAUAAUUAAGAAAAGAUUCUUCCAAAAAAUCUCAAAAAAGACUUAUAAUGGAAGUGGUGAUAGUUUAAUGAAUCUGUCUUCAAAUAUAUCUAGUGUUGAAUCUUUCGAACGAUUAGAGGCUCAGUGUAAGAUAUUAUUUCCUGAAGAGAAACAAUAUUCUUCACCUUUACAAAGAAGCUUUUCAGUACCUUCAUUGUUAAGUAUGUCUGAACUACAAAAUAUUUGUGAUCAACAAAUGGCUGCAUUGAGUGGUUCUGAUACUUUUCAUAAAGAAAAGUAUGUUGCAAGUUUACCCAAUUUAUUGGAGAAGUGUGUAAAUAAAUUUGAAUCAGAUCACAAAUCAACAGAUCCUAAAUUUGGCAAUGUAUCAUAUUCUAGGAAGAAAUCUAUGCAAUUCAAUAGACAGUUUGACUUUAAUACGGUAAGUACUGAUGAAGAUACAAAGGAUUAUAUAAUGUUUGAUACAGAUGAGUUAGAAAAAACACUUCUGCAAGACAUAGCUGAAAAAAGAAAGCGGUGUCUUGAUACAGUAAGGCUUAUUACAGAAAUAAACGCAGAUGCUGUAGUUACAGAAGAGGAGAACUCUUUAGAGAUAGCUCCCAUGCUCUCUAUUUUGAAUAAAUCAAAUACAUUGGUUAGCACUGAGGCUAAAUUUAUAAAAACCUUGAUGUCUUGUAAAGAUUACCUGGCAUAUCUAGAAACACAAAAACCUCUAUUUAAUUUAAUUCAGAGCUCAGACUCUUGUACACCCAAAACUCCCCAGAAAAAUAAUAAAAAUCCUCAUAUCAAAGAUAAUGAAGUAAGAGGUUCAAAAGCAGAACUUUUAAAUAUAAAGUCGCCUAAUUUAAUGAAAAACCCAUUGAAUCGAAAUGUGAAAGCUUUUGAUAUAUGUAAAUCACCAUUGUCAAGGAAAACGGAUAACAAAAAUCAAGAAAAAACAGAGCAUUUUAAGCCAAAACUUUUUGUCACACCAGGGAGAAGUUCUUCAAAAGUAAACUAUAAAAGAAAGAAAGAAUAUUUUCCUUCUAUGGGUAGUCUACCACAAAAUACGGUAAAAGAACAUAUUUUGAAAAGUCCACAUGCAAAAGGGUUGUACAGAUUGAAUUAUAACACCGUAGUUUCACCAGUUGGUAUGUACAUAAGAGGUACAGAUAUGCAACUUAUAAAAAAUGUACGUGCUAAAACAGAUGGCCUGUUACUUACACCUGUAAAGAAAAAUGUUGAACGAUCACCAAGUAGAAUUUCAAAACAAUCUACACCACGAAGUGGUCCAACUAAAUCUCAGAAAAAGGUUCCUCUCAAUAUUAAUUCAUCUCGAAGAUCAGGAACAAAUCAAAUACGCAACUCAGAAGUAAUUCUAACACCAGUCGAUAAUAGUACCCCUAAAAGUCAUUUUGUACUUCCUAAGGUGUCUUAUAGACUCCCUUCACGAGUUAAAACGAUAAAGGAAACAAAGUCACCCAAACAGGGAACUCGUGUAAAAAAAUUACUGGAAUCAGCACACAGUAAAGUAGUUAUUCGACAUGAAGGUAGGAUGAAAUUGGUUCAAAAACAAGAAGAGGAUGAUGGGCUAACACCAAAUGAUGAAGUAUUGGACAUUAUGUAUGGUCCAGAAGAUGUAUCUAUACAUGUAGAACAGGCAGCUAGUAAAACGAAUUUUAUUCACAGACAGAAACGCAUUUGAUUAAUAUUUGAUA